AUGGUUCAGAGUUAUGUAAAAUAUACUCUUUUCCAAUAUAGAUAUCUCGGCACUUUCUAUAACGGCAGCAGUCAAGCUGCUCCGUGUGACGGUUUUAAUUGUCCUGAUGCCAAGAAGCCAGUGUUUGUCUAUGAGUGGUUACGCUACUUAGACGGAAUUCUUCCUGUCACACAAAAGACAGAUCUGAGGGCAAUACAACCAAAGUUGGUUCAGCAAUUGCUAUCUCGAAUAACCUCAAUUAAUGGACCCCCAAUACGUUAUCUUUUGGCGAGAUGCUUAGCGCGUGUUUAUUUGAUCGGUGACAGCUCGACAUUUGGUGACACAUUAAACUUAUGCAACGACACUCUAAAAAUUAGAGAUGAUUCUCCUAGUCAGCUCCCAGUGAAGUUAGCAGCGCUUGCAUGCGUAGCUUCAUUUUACGAAACUAUGGGAAGAUGUGGGUCAAAUUUUGUCGAUACGUUCCCAAUCGUGUUGAAGUGGCUGAAAGUUGCUGAAUCUCAAGGUCGCGCUGAAAUUCUCAUAACGCUAUCAAGUAUGGUUGUGGGGCUUGGUGCUGGUGCAGUGGCCUUUCAUAAAGACGUAUACAAAGCAGCGAAAGCUCAUCUAGCAGAUCGUGUGUUGACUGUUCGUACUGCUGCAUUGCAGUGUGUUACUGCAUUAGUGCCAGUUUAUUCGCCACUGUUCACGACGGAGCUCGAGGCAGUGGUAACACUGUGCACAAAGGCGUUAGAAGGAUCUAAUUACGAGACACGGCGAGCUGUUUCUCGUUUACUGGGUGUUCUUCUGUCUACUGCGCUUCAACCACCUGCACCAUUCGUUUGUACUGGAAAAUCAGCGGCAAACACUCGGGUGCUAGCGUUUCGUCCACUGCCUUUGGAAGAUGCACUACAUAUGCUCGCGGCUGCAUUUUUACGAGGAGGUAUAGGAGGCUUUUUAAAAGGAGGAUCAAACCAGAGUACUGCGACACCAGGAGGUCAGAAAGAUGUCCGCGCUGGAAUUUCAAUGGGAUACGUGGAUUUCAUGCGAGAAAUGGGCGCAAUUUGGCUUGAGCGAAAUCUCUUCUUAGUGUGCAGGCACUUAUUAGACCUUGCAUCAAAAUGUGGUUACAUCGCAUGCACGAACUCACCUGUACAAGCAGCAGAAGCGGUUUUUCUUCGCAGAUGUAUUUCAUACAUUCUGCGGUCCACUGUUGGCGCGAUGCUGAGUGAACAAGCACAAAUUACAGCAUGCAAGCAUCUUGGCCAAUUACUUGCAGAUUAUAUAAAUUCUUUCGAUUAUUCUGUUGAACCGUCAGUGGAACGAGUGCUAGGCACAGAAGCGUACUCCAGUGCUCAAGCAACCGCUGUAGCAGCCCUUGAACUGUCAAACCUCGUUCGCCAAAUUGGAACGGCGGUGACGCCGUUAUUUGUUGAGGCGUCAGGCAUUAUGGAACCUGUGUUUGCAUGCCUUCUUCAUCCGAUUUUAUCUGCUCGUACGGCGAUUGCAUGGUGCUUAAGGUGCAUAACUAUGGCCGUACCCAGUCAACUUACACCUCUGAUUGAUCGGUGUCUUAGCAGGCUCGAACAUAUGAAGUCGUGCAACGAUGCAAUCAGUGGUUAUUCCUUAGCUCUUGCUGCUCUUAUAGCAGCCUCAUCCGAUUGCAAACUUGGUAUUCCCCACGCAAAGCCAAAGCAAGUUUUGGUAUGCGCAGAGGAAAUGCUUAAAACUGCAGCACAACAAAGUCGCCUCGCAGUGUCUAAAAUUUGUGCUGGGUACCUUCUCUUGGAUUCUGUUGUAACAGUAGGUUCUCCAGGAGUAAAGGAAAGCAUGCCUCGUAUCGUACAACUGUGGCGAACUGCUUUUCCACGUAGCAUUAAGGAAGCUGAAGCAGAGAAAGGACGGGGAGACGCAUUCUCUUGGCAGUGUGCAUUGGAACAGCGCGCAGGUGCAUUAGGUGUUAUGUUGGCAGUGGCUAGCAAUCGUGAGCUUUGCGACAGUGAAACCAUUAAGGCCAUGUUGUUGCCAGUGGAAUGCGCCCUUGUAAUGAGCUCACAAGUGGGUAGCUUAAUACGAUCAUAUGGCACAAAGAUGAGAGCAUUGGUUAGUUGUGUACGCGUACGCGUUUAUCAGCUUCUUAUGCUCUUACCACCGAAGAGUUACGAGCAGUGCGUUUAUUCUAUUCGAUGGUUAGAUAUGUUCCAUUCGUUGUUGCGUGAGCUUGUAGCGGAGAUCACGCUUUCGGAUGACCAUGCUUCACAAUUGAUGACAUCAGUGGCUGACAGUAUAUGCUCUGGUGCUGAGCGUACUUUGUUGUCACCGUGGAGUGGGGGGACGACCGAUCAAGCGUUGGUAGAAGAUCAGCUGCAAGUUCUGUCGCAGUUGGGUAGUGGAGCACUUGAGAACGAUGUUACAUGUCUGAUCAGUGGUUGCGCGAAGGAUGUUCAUAACCUAUGGCCAGAGCCUGAUACCUCACAAGUCGCAUCCUUGGACGCUGCGGUGCAGACAUUUGGAAGGGUGUUUCCUAUGGUACCGGAACGUCAAAAACUCCAAAUCACGGAGCAUUUCAUGGAAGUGAUUAAAAAUUGUAAGCAGACGCAGCGCCAACAGGCGAUUCAGUUGAACGUCAUUUGUGCAAUGGCUCUUGCAUUUCGCUGCAUCACAGAAUCAAGAGGUGGUGUGCGCCUAGACAACGAAUUGUUGCGCAAGGCCAGUACAGGUCUUAUAGAAUUGAGCUUGGAAAUGGCCACCACAUCGCUGGCUCGAGCUGUUGCUGCGGAAGCCCUUGGUCGUCUUGCUCAAGCAGUUGGAGAUCCACAGUUCGUCGCUCAACGAGCUCAGUCAUGCUUCGACAAACUGCGUGUGUUUCGUGAUGGACGUCGGGCGGGAUAUGCGCUCACACUAGGAUGUAUUCACAGGCAUGCAUGGGCAAUGGUCGCGCUUUCUUUAAUUGCCGAAACUGGUGGUGGAAUGUUUCGCGGUUACGUCGAGUUGGCUUUGAGCGACUGUCUUUCAUUGCUACUUAAUACUCAGUCUGGAAAUGUGGAAGUUGUACAAGGUGUCGGUAAGCUGCUUUCGGCGUUGAUGACAUGUGUUGGACCGGAGUUAGGUUCAUGUGGCUCUAUUGAAAGUCUUCGUGGUUCGUUACUGGCAGCUUGUGCAAUACAGCUCUCUCAUCCUGAUCCACUUAUUAAGUCAGAGGCGAUUAGUGGUCUACAGCAGAUGCAUCUUUAUGGCCCUCGCUACGUCAAUCUAGGUCAUUUAGUUGUCGAUAUAGCAACGUUCCUAUCAAGUCAACAUCUCUGUCUUCGUAAAGCGUCUCUUUGUUGUCUUCGUCAGCUUGUUCAGCGGGAAGCUAGAGAGGUUCGCGAACAUGCCCAGGUACUAGUACCUCAAGGAAUUGUUGACGAGGGUAAAAAACUUCCACUACCUGACACUGGUCUCGAGGGAGCCCUCUUUGAUAUGCUUGAUGUGGAAACAGAUCCAGUAUUGAGAGCCCAUGUGCAGGAAACUAUAAUUUCUCUUGUUCAAGCAACAUGUGGUGAGCUUUUGAACCAGUGGCUGUUACUUUGUAAAGAUAUAUUGGCCACGUCUAGCGACAGUACACGAAGUACCAUGAUUAUUGGAGAGGAGAAAACUGUAACAGAGGGCGAGGAAGAAGACGAGGGUGGUGAUGAUGAUGACUCAACCUUGCAAGUGAGUGAUGCACGAUCAGCUGUUCAAGAUAAGGGGAAGGUUCAACCUCGAUGGCCUACGAGGGUUUUCGCCACGCAGAUAGUGCAGAGAUUAAUGAGCGUUUGUGAUACUGAGCGAGCUCAUCUGGAUCUUUCUCUAGCAAAAGAACUACAAAUGUCAUCAGGCUAG